CCGCGGGCUGCGGCCUCACCCACCCGGCCCUGGCCACGGGAGAUUUCUAGGAUUCAUUCUGUCUGGAUUAGCGUUUCCACCGAUGGAAACGGCCAGUAUGUGCUUCUCAUUUCAGUUGCUGCAGGUCAGUAAUUUAUUCCUCUGCAGUGGGUGAGCUGGCCGCCUCUUGCUCACUCUCUCUGGUCGUCGCAACGUCACCAAUGUAACCCAUCCGUGUGAUGGUCCAUGGGAUGUCCAGGAGACCCAGAAGUCUUCGAACUAUAUUACGACAAAGGGCAGGAUGUUCAUCAGGGACCAGAGCCCAGAGGACCAGACUCUAGAGGAGCAGGUUUUCUUUGAGUUCAUUUUCAGACUCUUCAAAGAAAAUAAGGUGGAGAUUGCAAGUGCAAUAACGAAGCCAUUUCCUUUUCUUAUGGGCCUCCGAGACCGUGGCUUCAUCCCUGAGCAGAAGUAUGAACAUUUUCAAGAAGCUUGUCGAAAUCUGGUCCCUAUGGAGACUGUGGCAUAUAAUGUUCUCAAUGAACUGGAGAAGAUAUUUGACAUAUCAGUUCUGAAUGUCUUGUUCAGCAUGGUCAACCUGAAGGCCUAUCCUGAUUUACAUGAAGUUUGCAGAAGCUUCCAAAAUGUGAUUCAUGAUAAAUUCCAUUACCAAGUUAUUGAUGAUGAAGAGACAAAGGAGAUGCUCAACUGCCAACAAAGCUGUGAACAAGGUGACACCCUACCUAGAGCCAGAAUCCCAGAGUAUUUCAGUGAUGGACAGCAAAUGAGCACAAGGGAAGAAGAUUCAGCUUGUGACCCAGGUAGUGCAAUGGAGACCCAGGAAAUGACAAAUGAAUCUGCCCAAGAAUCUCAACAAACAGAGUGCUGGGAACACUCACCUGUCCAAAUGAAUAACAUAAGAGGGUCAGAAGAUGGAUCCAGUUUACUGCCUCAAGAUGGACAAGAUGUCAGUGGGGUUUCAUUACUUUCUGAAGAGGACAGCAAGGCCUAUUGUGUAACCUGUGAUGGAGAAGAGCCCCAGGAAGCCUUGAGCUCCCCACCGAGACCUGAGCCAGUUUCCUGUAAGCACGAAGCUCUCCAAGGGACCAGUGGAGGUGAUUCCGAAGAGAUACCCAGACUGCUACCAGGUGAUGGGGGAGUGUCCUUGGAACUCGUAGAUCUACAAAUGGAUGAAAGAAGAGAAUUGGGAGAAAUGCCCCAGUUACUGCCUUAUGAUGGAGAAGUGACCUAUGAUUUCGAAGCUCCAGAAAUAACCAACGAAGAAGGAGAGGUGCUCAGCCUGCAGCCUGCUGAGGGCGAAGAAGACAGCGAUGCCUCUUGGGAGCCCUGCGAUGGAGAAGAGCUCCAGGAAGACUUGAGCUUCCCACGAAGGUGUCAGUCAGUGUCUUGUGAUCCCAAAACUCCCCAAAUGAUUAAAGAGGAACCAGAGGAGAUGUCCAGUCAACUACUAUGUAAUGGCGAAGUAUCUGGAGAACUAGAAGCUCCCCAAGUGGAUAGAGAAGGAGACCCCGAAGAGCCCGCCUCCAGCCUAAUGUGCCAUGAUGGACAAGGAGCAGAGCUACCAGCAGGUGAGAAUGAGGACUAUUCCUGUGUUAUGUGCUUCUCAGACGACGUGCCAGGAGGUCCGGAAGCAAGGACUGAAAGUAGCCAAGCAUGUGACACAAUAGAUCCUGUGGAUCUUGGAAGCAACUCUACUUUGGGAAAACCCAAGAGGAAAAGAAAAAAAAAGAAAGGGCAUUCCUGGUCAAGAUAUAAAAGGAAAUGGAGAAGAAACACACAUCAAGGAGUAUCUGGAGAACUAGAAGCUCCCCAAGUGGGUAGAGAAGGAGACUCCGAAGAGCCCACCUCCAGCCUAAUGUCCCAUCAUGGACAAGAGCUGCCAACACACGGAAAUGAGGAGUGUUCCUGCGUGAUGUGCUUCACCAAUUGUGAUUUGAGGCCAGGAUCAGAACUACCAGCACUUGGAAAUGAAAACUGUUCCUGUGUUAUGUGUCUCCCAACAGAGCUGCCAGGAGCAAGGACUGAAAGCAGCCGCGGUACCGUGGAUCUUGGAAACAGCUCUACUUUGAGGAGACCCAGGAGGAAAAGAAGAAAAAAUAAAGGGUACUCUUGGACAAGAAGAAAUAAAAGGACAUGGCAGAGAAAAAUAUAUCGAAAAAGGUCAAGAAGGUACAGAGGUGAAAGUGUGGAUUUUCGCUCUGAUAUACUUCCUGUUACCUGUAGUAAAAUGAAAGGGAUGUUAUAUAAGAAGAAAUUGAAGCAAGAAGGCAUCAGGAAGUGCAUACAGAGUGAGGAUGGAUACUGGCUCACCCCCAGGGAAUUUGAAGUCAUGGGAGGCCGUGCAGGAUGGAAGAACUGGAAGAUGAGCCUAUCCUGCGGUGGGAAAACCCUGAAAUGGCUGAUUGAGAAAGGAUUUCUAAACAAUCCUCCAAGAAGCAGAAUAAAGCGGAGAAUCUCAAAGUCUCAUGACAAUACCUUAGUUGAUCCAUAUCUGGGAAAUUCAGACGUGUGUGAGAUCUGCCGCGAUGGAGGAAAGCUCUUCUGCUGCGAUACUUGUUCGAGAUCCUUUCAUGGGUACUGUCACCUCCCACUUGUGGAACCUAAGAGGAGCCCGUGGAGUUGCACCUUCUGCAGGAUGAAGGCGUCCUCAAGAAGUCAGCAGUGUCUCAGGGAAUCUGAGGUCCUGGCGAGGCAGAUGGGGCCCGAGGAGCAGCUGAAGUGUGAGUUCCUCCUCCUGGAGCUCUACUGCCAUUCGGAGAGCUCAUUUUUUGCGAAGAUUCCAUAUUAUUAUUACAUCAAAGAGACUUCUCAGCACCUGAAGGAACCCAUGUGGUUGGACAAGAUCAAGAAGAGACUAAAUGAUCACAGUUACCCCCAAGUGGAGGGGUUUGUGCGGGACAUGCGCCUCAUCUUUGAGAACCACAAGGCAUCUUACAAGUACAAUGACUUUGGCCUAAUGGGACUUAGACUGGAGGCGGAAUUUGAGAAGAAUUUCAAAGAAGUGUUUGCUAUUCAGGAAACAAAUGAGAACAAUUUGCUGGCAUAGUGGAUGCUGUUGGGACCCUGGAAAAUCCCCUUUGGGGGCAGACUUCUCAUCCCCUCAGUGCUGUGAGGGUUGCCUGCCAAUCAGUCUCUCCCCAAAGUAUUGCACUGAACCCCAUCAAUGGAGCAUUCUUGGCAUGGAGGUUGUUAUCAGUGGAAGUGGAGUUCUUGGGGUGCCACGAGGAAGACAAUUUCCUGAGGCCCUCAUGGCAGGAUGGGGUUUUUUGGAAAGCUUUAUUAAUGAUGUAAAAUUAAGGGGGUUCCCCU